UGCCUCCUUCCAUCGAGGAACUCCCUACUACGUCUUCACCGGAGAAGCCUGCCAAUGUUGAUGACACCGCGGCAUUCAUGGCCGCUGUCCGUCGCCUAAGACGUACCCCUGCGGGUGACAUCGGCGAAUCCACGGGUACUGCUCAAGAUGCGGUUAAAUCGCAGACUAGCUGGCUGGACAACCUGUCUCCUGUGAAAGAAGACCUGAGAUCUCUCGAUGUUUAUAAUGCACCUCGUCAACUUAUGACUCCCAUUCGAAACCUGAAGCGCGCUGAAAUUGGCCAACUUAGCAUGUCCCCUGCCGAACACUUUGUUUCCGCGGCUUCUUCUCCAGCGGUGAAGAUCAAUGAUGAUUUGGAUGAUACUGCGAGCUCGCACACUGUCACUGUUUCGAAGCAAGAGCCUGCUGUCAAUGGAUUUUCAACUGCUUCUAAUGGCAUAGAUCCUGCCGAAUCCUUGUCUACGGCUGGUCAUGUUAGCGACUCCGAGCCUGAAGCGCCAAAGGAGAAGGUUGCUAUUAGCGUGAAUGACACGGCUGGUUUUCUUGCAGCUGUUCGUGCUUUGAAGGAGAGAAACCGGUCUCCUAGCAUUUCCUACACUAACGCAGUUCCUCAUGAGAAGAAGCCUUCGAAUGAAUACGGUUCUGCAGCUCGUGCUCAUCCGAGUAUCACCGCUGUCGAAGACGAGGAUCGCGAGAAUCUGAUUACUUUCAAGUCGUGGGGUACCCCGGCUCCGCGAAACAAGCCUCCUUCGCAAGUGAGACGCAUCGUCCUCACCGGAUUGCCUUCUAGCUGGGCUACCCCCACCAAGGUGCUGUCUCUGAUUCACGGCGGUGCUAUCGAGAAGGUCAACAUUGAUUCGUCCGGAAAUGCUUAUGUCUACUUCUGCGACCAUGAAGCCUGCAAGGCGUUCUACGAAAAGUACCCGAACGGUAUCGGUCUUGGCCAGAGCAAUGUCUUCGUCGAGAUCGGCCAGGAGGUCGACGUCGUCAGCUCUCAGUUGGCCUUGAGCCGCUCCAUUGGUGCUACUCGUGUUGUCCGCGCCGUGGGUGUUGACCUGAAAGUCACGAUGGACCAGCUUCACCAAAUUGCCACCAGCAGCAACCGUAAGAUUGAGAAGAUCACGGACAACUACGUUCCUGGCGAGGCUCGUACUGUGAAUUUCCGUUUCUGCAACAUCGACGACGCAAAUAAAUUUCGUGCAAUGCUCGUCCGUGAUGCUGACUGGGAGCAUUGCAACAUUCAAUAUGGGAAGGAUCCUUGCGAGCUUGCCUCUGGUUUUCAUAUGGAUUGAAUCCCGCCGAUUACCACCAUACGGUGUACCAGUAGGAAUCUGGAACAGCAACAUAGGGUAGUUAUUGGUCAAUGUUUUUCAAAUCUAGUUGAUUUCAGUUUGCAAAUUGUCAGUCGUAUGUAUCUAAAUGGGGGAACACGAACGAUCUGGAAUGCGGAAACGAGUCAUGUAUCCUAGACGUUCGAAGCAAUUUGAAUAAUAAAGUCGAUCUCUGC